GCCCUUUUCUAGAACAACCGAGACGGCCGAGUAAUUCUACAUCCCACUUGAAGUCACCUCAUCCGACAGCACGCAAAACCAUGACCGGAAGAUUUUCCCGCCUCCCUUCCGAUGAUGUCGACGAAGGGAGAUAUUACCAGAAUCGACAGUCUCUCGACCUCACCGAAUCCGUCUCCUACGAUGAGUUCCGGCGACAAUCCGAUUCAGAAUCAGUCAAAUCGCUCAUUCAGCGCGACGAUCCCGAAGUACAUCUCGAGAAAGAAAGGGAGAACAACUCGGCACCUCUCCGUGAAUCACUCAAACAAUACUCUACGCUGGUAUGGUGGUUGCUGGCCAUGUCCACAGCUAUCUUGUAUGCUGGGUAUGACAGUUCUGUGCUUGGCUCCCUCAAUUCCGUGCCUGCUUUCCAACGUGAUUUUGGCGAGUGGUCGCAUGUUCCCAAGAAAGAUAAUCCCGACAAUUGGGAAGACGUCAUUCCUGCGUUUUGGCUAUCAAUCUGGAGCGGUGUAGGGCCUCUGGGUGCAAUGGCCGGGUCUGCUCUUGGAGGCUGGUUCCUGGACCGAUGGGGAAGACGGUUCUGCUUGAUGAUAGGGAGCAUCAUCGGUGCUGGAGCAGUGGUGAUACUUAUGCUCUCCAACAAACCUGAAAACAAAGACACAAAGCGUAUCAUGAUACUUGUGGGUAAAAUCAUUCAAGGGGUCGGACUAGGCAUCAUCAAGAUCGAAACUUUCACUUAUCUGUCAGAAAUCGUCCCUGUCAGUCUGAAAGGAGCAGUAAUGUCGCUAGUGCCCAUCAUGACACUGCUUGGACAAUUGACAGGAGCCAUCAUCAUCUUUGCCGUCUCCACGAGCGAAAAAUCGUCCGCCUACCAGAUCGCUCUGGCCUCCCAAUGGGCUCUCGCUCUCCCGCCGCUCAUCCUCGCCAUCUUUCUCCCUGAGGCUCCCGCCUUCCUUCUCAAGACGAAAAAGGAUCCUCAGGGUGCCUUGAAGUCGCUCACGCGGCUUCUAGGCCCCAAGAAUAAUCCCAGAGCUGCGCUCGCAAAGCUGCAAGCGACGCUCGACGAAGAAAACAAGAUUUCGGCCAAAACCAGCUACAUCGACUGCUUCAAAGCCGCCGACCGCCGCCGCACGCUCAUCGUUAUAUUCGCUGGUAGCAUGGAGUUCUUCUUUGGUCUGGCGCUGCUGGGCGACGUCAGCUACUUCCUCCAACAGCUCGGCAUGCAAGCCAGCAAGUCACUUCUCUUUCUCAUCGCGGGCAUCGUCAUCGGGCUUAUCGCGAACAUGGGGUCCACCUGGACUGUCACACAUUUCGGCCGCCGCAAGCUGACCAUUACAUCGCUGAGCAUCACCGCUGGGCUCUGGGCCGUCAUGGGAUUUUCUGGCAUCAAGCAGUACGAGUUCACAGCCUGGCUGGCAGGAGGUCUGAGCACCGCGAUCAUCAUCGUGUGCGGUCUCGGCUGCUGGCCCGCCUCGUACGCCAUCAUGGGCGAGACAUCGUCGCUCAGCUUGCGCUCGCGGUCCCAGGCGCUCGGAAGUCUGUCACAGAGCACGACCACCAUCCUCAUGAACACUGUUCUGCCGUAUCUAUACAACCCUGACGCGCUGCAUCUCGGUGCGAAGACGGGUUUCGUGAUGACAGCAACAGCCGGCGCUGGUGCAGUGCUGACAUACUUCUUUGUGCCCGAGCUAAAAGGCAGGAGCGCGCUGGAGAUUGAUCAUUUCUUUGAGAAGAAGAUCAGGAGCAUUGGGUCGACUAAUUGGCGCGACAUGCAUGUGGAGGAAGUACCACUGAAGCAUGCGCAAGUCUAACGACAGUACGCGCUUCUUCCUAAAUUUAG